CACAGCUGCUCUGCGGAGCCCUCACCCGCUGUGAUCCUCCUGGCACGCAGCUGGCGAGCGGGGCCAUGCAGACCACCGCCGUGCUCCUCGGCCUCCUGGGCGCUGCAGCUCUGGCCGCUGUCGGCUCAGCUCCAGUGGAUAACGGGAAUCGCAAUGAGGAAAUGGUGACUCGCUGCAUUAUUGAAGUCCUCUCAAGUGCCCUGUCCAAGUCCAGUGUUCCAACUGUUACCCCUGAGUGCCGGCAAGUCCUGAAGAAGAGUGGGAAAGAGGUCAAAGGUGAAGAAAAGGGUGAAAAUGAGAACACAAAGUUUGAAGUACGAUUACUAAGAGACCCAGCUGAUGCCCUGGUAGCCCACUGGUCUUCCAGUAGGGAGGGAACAGGAGCUCCAGUAGAAGAUGCUCAAGGCAAGGUAGACAAUGAGAAAUGGACAGAAGGAGGAGGACACAGCCGAGAGGGAGUGGAUGAAUCCCAGGAAAGCCUCCAUCCUUCCAACCAACAAAUGUCCAAAGAAACAAAGAUACACCAUUUGGAAGAGAGUGGGGGAGAGGAAAGGGAGCAAGGAGAAGACAAGACUUAUCCAAAAGGAGAGCACAGGGAAGAUGCUGGUGAAGAAAGACACCUCCAAGUUCCAGGAGAGAAACAGAGUACCUUCUCCAACAAAAUAAGCGACGCUAUGUCUAAGAAAAAAGAGGAGUCCAUGGCUAGAGCAGAUACACACUCUAUGGGCCUCUAUGAGAAGACACACAGCAGGGAGCAAGGCAGUCAGGAGAGUGGAGAGGAGGCCAGGAGGCAGGAGAAACAACCCCAGGAGCUUAGCAGCCACGACCAGAGCGAGGAAUCCGAGGAAGAUGAGGAAGACAUAGCCUCUGAAGUAGCCAAACGACGGCCCAGACACCACCAUGGGAGAAGCCGGCCCAACAAGCCCUCUCAAGAAGAGCAUCCUGUGUUGGAGGAGAGGGGACAUGCCUCUGAGGAGUCGGAGGAGGCAGGUGUGGCCACAACCAGUUUAGGGGAAAAGAGGGGCCACCAUCCAACCCACUACAGGGCUUCACAGGAAGAACCUGAAUACGGGGAAGAAAUGAGAAGUUACCCAGGUUCCCAGGUUCCCAAGGGCCUUCGGGGACCACAAUAUGGCGGCAGAGGAAGUGAAGCGGACAGAGUUCCCAGGCCUCAGAGUGAAGAGAGCCAGGAAAAAGAGUACCAGAGAGGCCACCCCAACUCUGAACUUGAAAGCAUGGCAAACAGACACGGUGAAGAAACUGAGGAAGAGAGGGGCUAUGAGGGGACAAAGGGACGCCAACACAGAGGCAGGGGAGGUGUGCCAGGGGUCUAUUCUGCUCUUGACAGCAGAGAAGAGAAAGGGCUCCUGGGUGAAGGACAUUACCCUGUUCACGAAGGUCCUAUAGAUAAACCAAAAAGAUAUCCACAAAGCAAAUGGCAGGAGCAGGAGAAAAACUACCUCAACUAUGGAGAGGAAGGGGACCAAGGGAAAUGGUGGCAACAGGAAGAGCUGCUAGACCCAGAAGAAAGCAGGGAGGAAGUGAGGUUUUCAGACAGGCAAUAUGCACCCUAUCCCAUUCCUGAAAAGAGGAAGAGGUUGGGGGUGCUGCUUAACCCCUACUUUGACCCUCUCCAGUGGAAGAACAGUGAUUUUGAGAAAAAAGACAACCCAGAUGACAAUUUUCUUGAGGGUGAAGGUGAAGAUGGAAAUGGGUUGACCCUGGCUGAGAAGAAUUUCUUCCCAGAGUACAACUAUGACUGGUGGGAGAAAAGGCCCUACUCAGAGGAUGUCAACUGGGGAUAUGAGAAGAGAGGCUAUGCCAGGGAUCCUCAUCUGGACUUGAAAAGGCAAUACGAUGGAGUGGCUGAGCUGGACCAGCUCCUUCACUACAGGAAGAAGUCAGCUGAAUUUCCCGACUUCUAUGACUCAGAGGAGCAGAUGGGGCCUCACCAGGAGGCAGAAGAUGAAAAGGGCAGGGCUGACCAGAGAGUUAUGACUGAGGAAGAGAAAAAGGAACUGGAGAACUUGGCUGCCAUGGAUCUGGGACUGCAGAAGAUAGCGGAAAAGUUCAACCAGAGGGGCUAACAGUUGGAGAGACAGGCUGUUCACCAAAAGACGCCAUUGACUCACCCAAAGGCAGAAAGCAGAAUUUACUAUUUAUUAAAUGUUUGUUGCAGUUGGAAAUACCAUUUAUCUUUGCCAGAAUGCUAAUGCUAUGUGAC